GAGAAGGAGGAAGAGGAAGACAAGAAGGAAGAAGAGGAGGAGGAGGAGGAGAUGGACUAACACAACGAGGAGGAGGAGGAGGAAGAAAUGAAUGGAAAAAUGAAAUGAAAGGAGGAGGAAGAGGAAACGAAGACAGAGGAAGACAAGAAGGAAGAGGAGGAGGAGGAGGAGGAGGAACAAUAACCGCCACCCCAAACAACCCCAAACAACCACAAAACCACCACCACAACAACUACGAACAACCAAAACAUCGAACUCCACCUCAGAUCCAGAACGCAAGAGUCGCUGACUUCGACCUCGGACCCUCAGUGGGCGACAUCGUGGAGGCGACAUCCCGCGAGCCUACCUUCGCCUGGGGGGGCAACGCGACAGUCCAGGGGGUGCAGCAGGGCCCGGGGCUUUACUCUAUUGAUAACCACACUGUUAGUUUCCCCUGUGACUCCCUGGGGCCCGCUGGAUACUAUAGUGUACGUCUGAUCGCCCCGGGGUUGGUGACGGAAAGCGCUCGGUUGAUUGCGUCUUCACUGUGGUUCAAGGUUGAAUGGAGCGACGAAUUCACUCUCCAGGUCAACACCCCAAGUAUCCAACCAUGUUACAGCGACAGCUCACUCAAGGUACGCGUGGCCUACCCGUACUGUUUGGGCAAGAAGGAGGAGGACAAAGAGAGGAAACAGAGGGAUAAAGUGAGGGUGUACGCUCUCUACCGCGCCAACGUGACCUCCGCCAACCCACCCAUUGAGAAGAGCUACGUGUCUGAGGUGCCGGUGAAGGCCAGAAAGAACUCGGUGUAUUUCCCGUGCGAAGUGUUCAACCGCGAGGCUACCGAGUACUGCUUCGCCUACGUCAACACGGCCGUCACCAACGUCACCUCCCUCGUCCGACAGCAGUGCGUCCCCUACUACAAGCCCAACGCGCUACGUAAGGACGGGGAGUGGGGCGCGUGGAGUGACUGGACGCCUUGCACCGCGCUGUGUGACGGGGAGAGGGGCGGCGGCGGCGGGCAGAGACAGCGACACCGGUUCUGCGACUCACCAGCGCCGAGGAAUGGGGGACGCUUCUGCCUGGGCUCAUCACUGGAGGAGGAGGCGUGUGUGGCACCGGGGGACGGGUGUGCGGUGGGGGCCAGCCAGAAUCCCCCGUCCCCGGCCUCCUCAACCCCGGGGGGCAGCGGGGACCCGUGCCUCUGUGGAUGCACCAUGGCUCUCCUUUCCAGCUCCCCCGCGACCAUCACCGCCUCGGCUGCUGAUUGCUACGGGACAGCGGUGUGGCUACUGCAGGCGCCCCCGGGUCAGCGCGUGGUGGCCGAGGUGCAGUGGGCGUUUCUGCGUCCCGGCGGUCAGUGGCUCAAGCUGCGGGACGGGAACACCUCCGCGGCGCCCCUGCUGGUCCUGCUGCCCACCGCCCCCCCGCGUCCCACCCUCGCCCGUCCCGAGUCGCGCCGCCCCACCCACGCCCCACCCAGGGUCUCCACGGGGUCGGUGCUGCUCCUGGAAUUCCACUCCGAUGUGAACACCUCCAUGGCCAGCCCCAACCCCAACGCCUGGGGCUUCCUGCUCAAGGCGUCCCCGGCAGAGUCAGCGGGGGUCGGCGUGGGUCUCGACGUGGAGGGCGCGGUGGAGGGGUCGCCGCGGGUGGUGGUUGGCGGCGGCGGCGACGGGCUGCUGGAGGGCAUGCACGUGGCGGCGGUGGUGUUCGUGGCGCUGCUGGUGGUGGCGGUGGUGGUGCUGGCGGCCAUACACUGGCGCCACUACCGCCUCUACCAGCGGGCGCGCCUCGUGCCAGACUCGCCCUUCGCCACGCCGCCGGACUCGCCAUCCAAGGCCACCACCACCGCUGCCGGCACCACCGUGGCCUCCACCCUCACCCUCAGUGAGGUCAUCUCCCUCAAGUCCCUGGUGCUGCGGCCCUGCCUGCCUGUGUCGCUGCCGCUGCGGCGCCGCGGGGCGGCCGCCGCCCACUCACCGCAGGACACGGAGCCGCUGUGCAGCACGGCGCGCCACUCGCUGCCCAACUCGCCCUUCCUGACGCGCCGCGACGCCACGCCCUCCACGCUGCGCCGCUCCUCCUCCCAGAUGAGCCGCCUGCUGCGGCGCGGCAGCGGACCCUUCAGGCGCAAGCGGCGGCGCUUCGCCUCCGUGGACGAGCUGGAGACACGCUGCAUAUCGCCCAUCAGGGAGAUACAGCGGGAGGACGAGGCGGAGGGCGGGAAGGAGGCACUGGCGCGGCGGGAGGACGACGAGGAGAAGUACCGCGAGCGCUGCAAGUCUUUGGUGCGCCGCGACGAGCCGCGCCUCACGCCCAAGCUGGCCAAGGAACGGCUCAACCUAGAGCGAGCCCGCCGCGCCGUGCUGUCCCGCUCCACCUCCGCCGCCACCGUGCGGCCCGCCUCCUCCGUGUCUGACGUGUCGUCCGUCAACGGCACCGACACCGAGAUGGAGUACGACUACUACGACUACGACAUGGACAACGCCUCGGCGGUGCCCGGCUCGCUGUUUGGAAUGGACCCGCUGCUGCUGGCGUGGAUGCCGCCAUUCUUCACCGGCCCCGACGGCCUCACGCCCACCAGCGACGCCAUCCCCUUGGAGAUGAUCAGCUUACCCGAGGUGCUGCCCAGCCCCGCCGAAGCCCCGCAGGCCCCGCCCCGCCCCGCCGAAGCCCCGCAGGCCCCGCCCCGCCCCACCGUGCUGCCCCUGCCCCACCUCAACAUCCCCAUCAACACCUCGCCACCCCGUGACCCUCCGAUGCAGACCAGCCUCAUGUCCGAGGAGGCCAACGACCGCGUGGAGCUGCAGCCUGAAGAGGAGCACGACUCCCCCGCCGCUCCCUUCGACGAGGACUCCACGCCCACUGCCAACACCUGCAGCAAGAUACUCAACCUUGACGACAUACAGUUUGCCGACGACUCGGAUUCCGCAGACGAACUGUAGGACGCGACGACCACUGUGAUGUGGACCAAACGACUGCCAACAACCCAGUCAAUCUUCUAGUCAACACAGCCAGUGAGGCACCUGUUGCAAGGAGCUCAACGGCUCCCUGCCAAGGAGUCACUUGGCAUCCUUACGUCCACAUUCAUCUCCAAGAUUCAGUGACAGACCACUCAUGAAUCUAGACAUGACGAGUAGACAAGAAUCACAUUCCAAACACACCAAAGACUUGUGGUCUGGGCGAGGUGGUCUGCCAUCAGGUUUAGUGUGCAGAGCCUCAUCUUAGUUGUAGAGUUUGCAAGGUUGUCUCUGUAAGGGAACACCAACUCUUACUGACGGGCACACCAAGCCAGAAAAAUCUAACUUGGAGAGAAACAGAUUAAGGAGUUAAAGUCUACAACUGAGCGAGGCGUCUGCAGCACUUGUGGCCAGACGAAAGUUUACUUAAAUUAUGUGUUGAGUUUUGGGUCAACGUGUCAGCCUCAACAGAUGAUUCUGAGGAGGCAUUGUACAUAAGGAACUUGCCUUCAAUGUAUAGUGUAAAUAAUCGUAAAUAAUCAUCUCCCUCCCUCUCUCUCUCCCUUACUUGUUAUAGCUGUAAUAGUAAUGAGGUUAUGAGUGACCAAUUAGUGAGAACAGACCCACCGACAGCACCCUCCACACACUCAUCGCCUUGAUACUCACUGCUCCCAACCCAUCCACUGAUUGCAUUCAUUAUCAGUAAUCUUAGUAGUCUGUCGCCUCUUGUACUCAGUCUUAUGUGUGUCCAAUUACCUCCAGCCUUCCCCUUCAACCUGUCAUCUGAUAUCUGCGCCUUCACCUUCUGUUAUCUUUAAUCCACUGCUCUGUUCUUUUCUGUUAUUUUUAAUCCACUGCUCUGUUCUUUUCUGUUAUUUUUAAUCCACUGCUCUGUUCUUUUCUGUUAUUUUUAAUCCACUGCUCUGUUCUUUUCUGUUAUUUUUAAUCCACUGCUCUGUUCUUUUCUGUUAUUUUUAAUCCACUGCUCUGUUCUUUUCUGUUAUUUUUAAUCCACUGCUCUGUUCUUUUCUGUUAUUUUCAAUCCACUGCUCUGUUCUUUUCUGUUAUUUUUAAUCCACUGCUCUUGUUCUUUUCUGCUUUUCUGCCCCUCAAUUCUCAAUCAAUGUCUCCACUCAACCCCUUCCUUUUCUUCCCUUCCAGUCCCCUUCAUCCACUCACACUGCCUCUUCCCCUUCAAUCCCCUCAAUUCUCAAUCAGUAUCUCCUCUCACUUUUCUUCUUUCCCUCCAUCCCUCCCCUCUUCUUUCCCUCCAUUCACUCACUCCUCUCCUUCCCUUGCAAUCUACUCUACCCUUUUUCUGCCCCUCAAUCCUUCCUUUCCUCCCUCUCCCUAGCAAUCCACUUUUUCCCUCAAUCCACCUCAUCUUACAAUCCACUCCUCACUACUUCCCCUGGUUACUCCUGCAAUCCACUCCUUCCUCUUCCCUCCCUCUCCCUAGCAAUCCACUUUUCUUUCCCUCAAUCCACCUCAUCUUAACAAUCCACUCCUCUCACUACUUCCCCUGGUCACCCCCUGCAAUCCACUCCUCCCCCUCCCUUACCAGCCACACCAAGGGACAUCAACAUAUCAGAUAGUUAGCUCUCCCAGCCUGUCCCGAGCCCCCCUGGUGGUGUGGCCUCAGGGUGUCGCCUACUCUGGGACUCUUAAGCAGCUGGGACGUGUCAGAACCCCUCAUCCCAUAACAGAACCCCAGUGGUAGUGUCAUGUAGAUUGUCAAAGUGAAUGGUUAGCUUCUUGCGUCAUGAUGUACAGUUGGGGAUAUGAAUGUGAAUCUACCUUACUCUUAACAUGAAUGGAUGAAUCUAGUAUUGAUAACCUCUUGAAAAUUGUCUCUCCUAUCCUGGUAGUUCAUCCCCUGUAUGUCUCUCCCUUGUUCACUGUCCUAUCUCCUCUUGUUGGUUCAUCCUCCACUUCCUUUCCCUUCCUUGUUCACCUUAAAUUCUCCUCUAUCAAUAGUUCAUCCUCCACUCAUGUCUCGCCCUUCUUUAUCCUCCACUCCCCUCUUCCAUUAGUUCAUUCCCCACUCCUGUCUUUCUCUUGUUCGCCCUCCUCUCUCUCCUACCCUUUGUGACUUGCUGCAUGUUGAGGGGAACUGAGUCAUGAGUUUAAAGUAAGGUGGACUGAUAUUUCUGUCUGCAGCUGUACAUGUCUCGUCAAAAUGAAGCUGUAUUGUUUAAGUACCCAUCCCUUGGUCCUUCUAGCAGGGAUGAAGGGGUCCUGCCACUGCCCACCGCCGGGACACAGCCUCACGGGAACAAAUGUACAACCUCUUCUAUUGUAAGGAACAUCGGUUAACUUUAGCGAUUCAUAUAUGCCUAUUGUUGUAGUGUUGCUCUCGGAAGACUGUGGCUGAAAAUUUGUUCCCGGAAUAUUCUUGUAACUAAAAACUAAACCCACAUGCACGGGAGAAGUUUUGAGCCACGGUUGUGAUUAUAAUGAAUGUUGAAAAUGAGUGAUAUGAAGACGAGGAAUACUGUGUGGGGUUUUAGUCAGGGAGGAAAACUUCACCACUAUAAGAGUAUUGAGAGGCUCUGGUUUGUCAGAGGGGAAUGUAGUUUGACAGGAAGGCGAGGGACAGUCUUGUACAAAAUUAAGUAGCUAAGGAGUUUGUUGGGAAUCUUCUACCUGCACCACCACCAGUCAUGAAGCAAGGAUGAUGGGAGUACAUAUGGGCCUCUGUGACUGUGAGUUGUGGGUGCAGUGGAGUGAAUGAGUGUUUCCUGAGCUGCCUGUUAUGUGUAGUGUGAAGCUGAGGUGAUGGUGAAAGAGGAGGAAGGUUGAAGAUAUCAUAUGUAGCUUAGGCUGAAAGAUAAAGAGGAGCAAGGUGAGGUUAUGCACUGGUGUGAUCUCAAAGUAAUAGUUAUGCUUAGGGAAAGUCAUGUGUAGCUGAGGCUGAAAGAUAAGGAGCAAGAUUAGGGAAUGCAAGUUGGAAUCAUGCACUGGUCAUCUCAAAGUAAUGGUUAUGUUAAGGGAAGUCAUGUGUAGCUGAGGCUGAAGGAUAAGGAGGAGCAAGGUGGAAUUAAGCACUGUUGGAAAUCUCAAUCGCUAUGCUUAGGGAUGUCGUGUGUAGCUGAGGCUGAAGGAUAAGGAGCAGCAAGCUGGAAUUAAGCACUGUUGGAAAUCUCAAUCGCUAUGCUUAGGGAUGUCGUGUGUAGCUGAGGCUGAAGGAUAAGGAGCAGCAAGGUGGAAUUAAGCACUGGUGGAAAUCUCAGUUGCUAUGCUUAGGGAUGUCAUGUGUGGCUGAUGCUGAAAGAUAAGGAGGAGCAAGGUGGAAUUAAGCACUGGUGGAGCUCUCAAAGUACUGGUUAUAUGACUUGCCGUACCGUUCAUGCAAAUCAAUGCCUUACGUUCUCAUUCUCUUCUCUGCGUUCAGUUUCCACGCAAGCAGAAACACCUCCAUGACACACGUUGGAUGUGUUAGCAUUAAACAUAUAUUUUGGGGAGUUCACCUGAAGCAGAGCGACAGUCUCAGCUCCCAAUGUGUAAUGUGUUUUGCUUUGCUAGUCAGACACGUUCAGACCACCGAUAGUACAGUCCGGCCGCCACACUUUUGUAUAGGAACGACACUUGUUGAAUCUUUGCCAUUAGUUUAAGACCAGUUGCCUGUCUCUAAGGUUAAGUAAUGAGUUGUUCUUUUGUUUCCGUGACAGUAGCUUGUAAAGGUGAACACUGGUAACUAGUGAGUACAAUGUGUUCACCUAUAGGCAGCUCCUUGUUGUUUUAUUAUUAUUAUACCAGACAAAACACUUAAAUUUGUAAUAAGAAAAAAAUUGCUGUUACACACUAAAGUAUUACACACACACACACACACACACACACACAUAUACACACACACACAUAUACACACACACAAGCAGACACAGAAUUCUGCUCCAUUAUAUUGCUUUAUCCCCAACUCCCUUAACCACCAACAUUGCCCUGACCAACACACGUACACAAGUAGACACAGAAUAAGUCUGAUCCAUUACAUUGCUUUAUCCCCAACUCCCUUAACCACCAACAUUGCCCUGACCAACACACGUACACAAGCAGACACAGAAUAAGUCUGAUCCAUUAUAUUGCUUUAUCCCCAACUCCCUUAACCACCAACAUUGCCCUGACCAACACACGUCACUAUGCAUCGGAAACUGACGUGCAAGAAUUCCCCAAACAGCAACCAACAUGUACAAAGUCCACCUGCCGGGCCUGUGAUGCAUCAGCCCUCCUCUAGUCACUCAGGACUCCAAAGUCUUACUCAUUGGUGAGAUUCGUCUAUUGAUGUUUUUUAUAGUUUUGUAAUUGUACCUCCAUGUUUUAAAGGCUACAUAUGUACGUGCGGUGAACAUGACGUUAUUCUUUCAGCUGGUGCUUGUUUCAUUGCUUCCCUUUGGUGGUGGGUGGGAGGAGGGGAAGGAGGUUAUGAUCUAUAGAAGGAUGAGAUGGUGAUUGUUUCAUUGCUUCCCUUUGUGGCAGUGGUGGGAGGAGGAGGGGAAGGAGGUGUUAGGGUAUAUACAGGGAUAGGGAAGAGGAGUGAAAUGAAG